AUGGCGAAAUCAUUUAUGUCUUUACAUUUCUGGAAACAUAAUGGAUGCAUGAAAAGCUUCACCCGAAAUAUCCAAGCAGUAAGUUGUGAUGAACUAUACGCAGAUUGUACAGAAUUGCUUACUCUUUCAAACAAAAGUGAUUUGAACCCACAGUUUAUUGAUGGUAACUGGGAGGUCACAUAUCAAAUCAUCAACCCACUGACUUUGGGCAGUCACCUACGUGAAUUAGUGAAAAAAAUCACCGGUGGUUGUACAGCAUCUAUCGGAUUUGGUACAAGUAAAUUAUUAGCACGCCUAGCAACAAAGAAAGCUAAACCUGAUGGUCAAACAUGGUUUCUGGGGCAUUCUGGUGGAGUUUGUCCAUCACUUGACAAACCAAUGAAAGUCGGAAGCUGGAGAUGGUAUUCUUCUGUUGAAGAUUUGGAACAGAUCGAUUCUCACCCAGAUUGUGAACUUACUGGUGAGGCCUACCAGUGGUUCUCCAACUUACCUGUCAUUGAAAUGCCAAAUAUCGGUCGAUCUUUAGCAGGCAAAAUAUUCCAAGCAUUCAAUGCAAAAACAUGUGGUGAACUAAUGUUGAAAGUUUCACAUAGCCAAAUCACAAAUUUGCUGGGAAAGAAAACGGGGAAUCGCAUCUACUUAACGUGUCAUGGGAAGGAUUUCGACAGCAUGAGAUUUGAAAAAGAAUAUAAGUCUGUGUCAGCAUCAAUGAAUUAUGGAAUCCGACUGAAAACACAAUCGGAGUUGGAAGCCUUGGUGUGCUCAUUGUGUGAAGAACUGAGCUCACGAAUGGCCAAUGUCAAUAUUGGCACAAAUAACUUCGGGUGUCUUGGCAAAUCACUUACUAUUAGACUAUAUCUACGUCUCCCUACCGCUCCUGAGCAAAGUGCAAAGUUUAUGGGUCAUGGGCUAUGUUCGAUAAAGAAUCACACUAUUCAAAUGGCUGAAUAUACAUCAGAAGCAGCUGUUUUCUUCCGAUAUGCAGUUAAAGCGGUUCACCGUUUAUGCCCUGAACCACAAGAUUUACGAGGAAUCGGGUUUCAUGUCCACCAGUUGCAUGGUGUCAGUACAAAGGCUGAUAUUUUGACGAAUGCAGAUGUCAAUGGCAAUUGUAAACCAGUCAAGCAUUCCAGUCAAUUGCCAGCUUCUCAUCAACCCCAGUGUCUACAAUCUAGUUCGGAUUACAGUAAAGUUCAUCGAAAAUGGGACACCAUGGACGUGAGAAAAAGCAGUACAGUUGAAUAUGACAUAUCUGGAAUCCUACGGACUAUGGAGAAAACCAAUCAGGCAAUUGAGGAACAGAAAGCUGAUGUGUCAGGAGACGCGAACGAAGUGAUGUCGACAACCUCAGUGAAGCCAAAAAACAAUAACUCCGAGGUUUGUAAGAGAUCACCAACGAAACGCACAUGUAGAGGACCACCGGUGGUUCCAGUGGAUAAAAGGUCAAAGACAAAUCAUCGAGAGUUCAACUGUAGCGAUGCCUCCCGACAGAAACUUGCAGUUGCCUUUGAGAACUCGACAGGACAUGAGACAUCGCAAGUCGGUUGCCUUACACAGGCUCUGGAAAAUCCAAGUGGUUUAUUCGUCAACAAGACACUAUCGGAGCUGCAACAGAUCUUUGCUGAUUGGAUAACCAGUGAGGAAGUGCCAAUGUACGAAGAUAUUCAGAUUCUCACUGACUACCUGUUGUCGCUUGUUGACACAAAUUUGGAACGGAUUCGUUCGGUGCUUCUACUUUUGGAUAGACUGAUAACAAAACUUGCGCAAAUCAGCGACAGCUGGAGGAAUGCAUACAUAAAGAUGCACAACACAUUAUCCCAAUCGAUUGAAGAAAAGUACAGUGGAUCGAGCUUAAAGUUACGUUUGGCUUAAUGUGAUAUACGCUUUACACUCACUCUACUUGAUGGCAAGAUUUUAAAUAAACUUUACUAUACUGAGUUAAAUGUGACUCGGCUUUUCCAUAAUUUCGUACAGAAAUCAAAAAAUGACAACAAAAUUGUAUAAAGUCAUAAUGAAGAACGGAAGACUUCUAUUGUGAAUCAAGUAACCACAAAACGAUGAGAUAGUGCAAAGAAUUUAUUGCAAUCUGGUAAAUAAUCUACCACUCACACCAUACAGGUAACCAGUGAAAAAAGUUAAUACUCAUUAAAUAUUUGUACAUCAGAGCAAAAUUAAAACACAAUCAUUUAUAUGUA